AUGAUCCGCACCAACCUCUCCAUAGCUGCCGAAAUCCUCCGCAGAGAAAUCAAGCAAAUGAUCCCCGAAGCAGCCGGACCUCUGCCCACCAUCCCUGAGAACCAGCGCCAACAGACGCAUGUGGAUGUGGAUGUGGAUGAAGAUACAUAUGGGAACAAAAAUUACACAGGGAGCUUGCUCGAGAUCAAGUGCACUCAAUUGUCGAAGGCGAUGGGGGUUGGUGAGAAGGACUGGGGAUAUCGUGUGACGCAUUUUCCGGGGAAUACCACUAUUAAAAAUGACAGGAAAGAAAUGUACUUGGUGCCUCUAUCUAAAGGAUUUAUUCUGACUCCUGGGGGACUGCUAUCUGAGGGAACCUAUACUUAUGUCACCCAUGAUAUGGUCAUUAGCGAAGGCACUGCUGUGUUUAUUGUCUCUGAAUAA